UUUGAUUCGGGGAAUUACCGCGGAAUACAAAUACGGAAGAGAGACGUGAGAUGAUUCAUGCCAAUACAACUUUGAUAAGACACAACGACAGAUUUCAUGCUUUGGAAUCGAAGCUCUUGGCUUCAGCAAUUUUCUAAAAGGACAAUAAUAUGACACAAGCCAGACCAGAAGACGAUCUUAGUGAUUUAAACGAGAUUCUGCAGCCUCUAUUAGACGACCCGAAUAGUGCUGCAUCUCUCACUGUGCCUGUGGAUGUGUUUGACCCCCCUUCACAAGUUCCUGAGGCAUCUGUCGAGGUGAAGGAUUUAAAAGAGGUUUAUGACAAGACACAGAAGAAAACCACAGCCACAGGCUCUGAGCAGAGAAUUGCAGAUGGUGUGGUUCACAUGGUUGUUAAGGCGUCUGCCCAGCUCAGGUCGAUUAGAGUGUUUGUGAGGAGAGUUGAAGAGGCUGCACAAAAGACAAAUGACACAAUCGGUGCUGUUGAACUCCCUGUUCAAAUCAAUUACCAUGAGAUGCACAAAACAGAGCUGUGUGUCAACCUUGAUUCUGUGUACAAAACACCAUCUGGCUCAUUCAUCUACUGGCUUGAUAGAGUGGAAGUUGAAGAUAGAAACAGAUGGGAGCUUGUCAUUUUUGUUGAGUUCAUUGAUGGCACAAACUGCUCAUUUCAAUCUAAUGCAUUCAGGAUUCGUACAAAGCCAAGGGCCACUAAGAAACCCGACAAUUCACCAUUUCCAUACCCAUCACCUCAUGAAUCUGACCAAACACGCAGUGAUGAGUCUACUGGGCCUUCAAGCAAGAGAAAGCGCAUGCAGUCUCAAAGUGCGAGUGAUGUUCUCUCUUCUCCUGGCAGUACAUAUAACGGCCCUAUUCAAAUCAAUGGAUCUCCAUUUUCAGAUCAAGAGGAUCAUGGGUAUUAUGAUGGAAGGUCCACUCCACCAAGGACCACAGAAGCUCUUCUCACGGAUUACUUGGAGGCCCAACGCGCCAGCAUCAAAGAGCUCCACGUUAAAAAGAUGAUCUGCACCCCUAACGCGGAUAUAGCAUAUCACGUGGAGCUCAAGGGGCCGUAUUACAGGAGUAAGGACCAGGAGGAGGGAGACGUUGUCGGGUUCUUUGAGCAGGAAAAGACAGGAAAGACAGUGAUUGCGUUACUGACGCAUGACAAUGCCCGAGAGGCGCGCAUGGCAGGAGUCAUAAGUCGUUCGGCAUAUCUACAGGGAAACGUCCCAUCUGGGAAUCUAGGUAUGACCGAUACAGUUUGCGUCAUCGGCAUUGUCCGCGUGAAAGUCACUGGACCCGUACAGAAUGGUGAGCGCGUAUAUGCAUCACUCGACCAGCCGGGACUAGCCGUCCCCGAGACGCAAAUACCCCUGCGGAGGAUGGCCGGAAAGUCACCAAUUCUUCUUGGUCAGACGCUUGAAUCGCGUGAUGCAGCCAAGAUGAGUGACGUCUCCUUGGUGAAGUGCUUUGUUUCCAUAGUCAUGGGAAUCCAGUCUCGGCAGAUGGCUGACGCGGUGUCGAGUCUGCAAGAUCGCGUACACAACACGAUUAAUGACGCAGUCAAGUCCGAAAAGAAGAGAUUUGUCAGAGGGUUGAUAUUGAAGUCCAUACUGGUAUUAGUCGUUCUGGGCCUACUGGCAGUCUUGUUGUAUGAGUUCUUGAUGCCCGGCAGUGCUUUACGUUACUUUAUUUGCAAGCGAGGUUCCAUCAGACCACAGAGAGACGUAUUCUUCACAUACGAGACUUACGACAUGCAGACUCCUCGAGUCCACGGCAUCGAGUUUACUUGGGCGAACCUGAAGAAGAAGAUGGGGCUUACAUUCAGAGCUUACAACAGAACAGGCAUGCAUUUUUACUUGAACCUGGACCGCUGUGCAUAUGGAGGUGUGGUAAUGGUAGGGUCUUUACUCGACCACAAGAAACAAGUACGCGGGGCAGAGGUGUUUGCUGUAAACUCCACGUGUAGUGGUGUUUAUUACGAGAUGGGAUCCGGAGAACAGGGGCAGUGGCAUCCAUACACAAGCGCACGGGACUUUGUCUGCAUACCACCUUAUAACUAAAUCCUGGUCUACACCAACAAAAACUUGUAAUGAAGCAGUGAGAAAGUGUCUCAUUGCCUGGCUUGACAUGUGAACAAUUUAGUUGUAAUAGUUAUGUGUCUUAUGAAUUCACCUGAAAGCCUGGUACAUGGUUUGCUUUGCUUAGGCAAAUGAUACUGCAAAUGCUUGUUUUAGCACCUAGCUUCCAAUAAGCACCCCUCCCACCCAAAAAUGUGUGACUGAACCAAAGACUUAAAGCACCCAUACUUUUUUAACAAUGAAAGACACAUACCAAAAAAAUUGGUUGGAGUUGUUCUUGUUUCUUUCUUACAGUCCCAAGAUUUGAAUCCCCUAGUGAAUAAAAAAUAAAAUAUCAGGGCCUUAAAACAAGCAUCUACAUUAUGCCACACAAGGUUUUGAUGCAGAUUGCCUGUACUAAAACGUACAAAAUAUUGGAGAUUUGAUGUGGUGCAUCUACUUUUUUCUCAUAGUCACUGUCUGAGAAAACGUCACAUCCAUGGUGACCACAAAUAAAUGACAGUGCAGGCACGAGGCAACGAGGGCUGAAUCUUUAGAAUUAUUUUUAUAAAUAAAUUUGUAUUUUUAUAAAGUGCGACUGUAACCCUGUCCCCCAGAUCUGGUAAAGUGCACAAAAAUAAGUAUAACAAAUGUUUACAGUAACAAAUCAAAGUAAAACAUGAAGUGAGAAAUAAGAAAUGUUUGGUGGUUACUGCGGGUCUUUCUAAAGUAUUAUAUACUGGUAUUAUUUAUUUUAUUUUGUACAUUUAUUAAAGUUUCAUACACUUGG